AUGGUGGUGGUAACAGUGGUAACCAUUGUGGCGUCGCACGCAACGCUCUUUGUGACGCUGCUACUCAGCGCUUUGGUAACCGUUGCCCAGACAGACUGCGCAGCAGCUUCCGACUGGAGCCUGAAGGUUGGCAGGGCGGCUGCUCAGCGGCCUACCCCUCCCAGGGCCCUUGGCUCCCCACGCAUGGCGGCCUCUGCUACCUCGCAGCGACCCCUCAAGGGGAUCCUGAAGAAGAAGAGUUCCACAGCUUCCUCCGUGGAGGACCCCACCCAGGAGUCUGGAGGGGCUACCCAGGAGGUUCAAAGAAAAAAGUCCCAGAAGUGGGACGAAUCGAACAUCCUGGCCACUCAUCGUCCAGCCUACAGAGACUAUGAUUUAGUUAAGGUAAAUGAGACCAAUACCCCCUGCAUCACUGUGCAAGAUGACGGGGAAGAUUCAGUGAGUGAUGUCGAUACCACCGUGGACAUCUUGACCAAGAAACUCAUGACCGUUGAUACAUCAGAGUCCAACUGUGAAGGGGAAGAGCAAGAGAGCCUCAAGGCUCAUUCCAGCCAAAGCCUCCUUGACAAAGUAGAAAGGCAGCGUCUGUUCGAGAUGAAGAGGAAGCUUCAUCAUAAUGAAGGAAUGAACAUUAAAUAUGCCAGGCAAUUAAUUUCACAAGACCUGCAAAGUGAAGAGGAGGAGGAGGAUGACUACAAUGAAACAUGUCUACAGGAUAUGAAUGAAGAAAAGACUGCAAUGGAAGAUUCAGAUGAAGCUCCCACCGGCGAUGAACAACAAACCCAGUCAUGCGAUGCUUAGAAAACGUUUGCUCAAUGCUGCAGUUGACACAAACCCCGUUACUAAAAUAAACUGCUUAUU